AUGUCCGUUGCAACAUUAAACAACAACAACGCUAACGGUGGGCUUCCGAGUUACGUCAACGUAGCACCGACUGAAGCUUCUCCGAGUCCGUUACCAGUAUCGACAGUUGCGUCCAGCGAUGAAGAGCCUUUGCCUCCAGGUAUCACUCAAAAAGAAGCCAAUGACCCAACGAGCGUCUACAGUCAAACCAAGGCAACACUUCAACUGCCCUUCAUCGCGACGACCCAACGUGUACAGCCACCGCCACCUCAGACUGCACCCUUACCUUCAUUUCUGCUGCACUGCACUGUGUACGCCGUGCAUGAUGCACGAACACCUCAUCCGGUACCCUUCCAGCAAGUCGGUUGUCCAGCAGCCUACUCUCGAGGCUUGGUACUGGCAAAGCGAAUCGGUGUCGAGCUUCCACUACCGUAUCUCGGUAACAGACGAGACACAGACACAUAUGCAUACCUCGCACAUCCACAGCCCAAAAAUGGAGCCGAGAUGGUAGGCCGUUCUGGAGAUGUGGGCAGGUACAGAAAAGUCAGCCUUUUUCGGGCCCAGGCGAGGGAGUUGACUGGUAUCGUGUCCAGACCGUUAGUGGAGAGAGUGCUGGGAUCUGUGUAUGCAGACGUGGGAGUCCAUGGGAGGAUGGCCAUUUUCCCAGCUGAAGCUGUGCUGCGGUACUCGCAUAAAUCUAUCGAUGCAACGCAGGUCACAACUGGUGAGGAUGAUGGGGAGCAGAAGAGCGGGUGGCUGUCCAAGCUCAAGGCAAAGGCAAAAGGCAAAGGCAAAAGCGAGAACGAGCAGGCCGCUGCUGGUGUCCCGGCAGAGCAGCUUUUGCCAGCUAUCGACCCUCCAGCUCCAGCAUACGAUCAAGUACCUUCAGGAAUCCGCUCAAUCGAAAGCCCAAUGGUUUAUGCGACCAUCGACCUGCUCGCACCCCCAUCGCGUCUUCUGGAAACUGGCGGUCCCUAUCCGCUCGAGAUGAACAAGGCAUCCGAUGCUGACAUCUCUGUCUCAUCUCGACUCUUGGCCGAAUUUGACCGCGCAUCGGUUGAGGAAAGGUUUCAAAGAUUCAUGUUCACACCUAACGGUGGCGACAAUCAGCUGCUCGCUGACAUGCUCAACGCGCUUGAACGUCGAGGUGCUGUUUGGACCGAAGCUGGUCGACUUAUCGCUCCAAGCUCAAGAAACCCCAGACCAAGGGAAAGAGCUAGGUUCCUUGUCAAGGGUCUCUUUCCAGAAAGAUGGGUUCUCCGAUGCAAGUAUUACAGAAAUCGCAAGUACGAGCCUAUGCCAAGCGACCUCGAUCCAAAGGAGGUAAAGAAGUUCGGCAGCCCAUUGAUUGUUCAUACUGCUAUCGAGAGGACCGGGGCUGAAGGUGUUGACUUGGCUGAUUUUGUUGCUCCUCGUUCUGGAUCCCCUGCUACUGGGUCUGCCGCUGAGGGCGGACCAAGACUCGAAUGGGAAUGGGCCGAGGAGGGAAGGCUCAUCACCAACCCCUCGCAACGAUCGACAACAAGUGCUGGCGGUGCAGAGACUCCACGACCCGACUACAUAACAGCCAAACAAGAAGUCUUGCAGGGAUAUGGCAUAGAAUCUCCUCGAGCAAAGGCGUUGAUCGAGGCCGAACAAGACUUCUUCAGGGGCUGGAGCAUUGGAUAUACCGAAGAGCCCUUCAAGAACGGUGGUUGGUUGGAGAUUCUCAAUACUCAGUCGGGAAUGUACUAUGCAGGUGGAGUCGGUGGUUUGUGA